AUGCGGAGCCGGGCGGAGGUGGACGCGACGCUGCAGACGGCCAAACUGAACCCGGCGGAGCUGCUGCCGGCCGUCCAUUGCCUCAGCUUCGGUCCGCAGGCCGGCGCCGGCGAGUGCUGCCUGUUGCAGCUGGAGCCGGGCCUCUGCGCCGAGCUGGAGGCGGGAAGCAGCCUAGUAAUUCGUGGUGAAAAGGAUGAACAAGCAGUGUUGUGCAGCAAAGAUAAAACUUAUGACAUGAAAAUAGCAGAUACCUCAAAUAUGCUCUUGUUUAUUCCUGGUUGCAAAACUCCAGAACAGCUGAAUGCAGAUCAAGCAUCUUGUAGCAUUAUUCAUUCACAGAUUGCUGGCUUCUCCAAUAACUAUUGGGAAUUAAGGAGAUGUCGACCGAAACUGAAGAAACUGAGGAAGCUUUUAAUGGAAGAUCCAUAUGAAGGGCCAGAUAGUUGGAAAGAUCAGACUUCGACAUUUUCAAAGUAUACAACAGAAGAUUUGUUAAGUCUGAUUCAAGCAAGUGAAGAAGAAAUACUGCACCAAUUGCAGGUUAUAGAUGCCUGCAAAAUUGAAGGAUAUUGGAGAAUUCUAGAAUUUGACUAUGAGAUGAAACUCUUGAAUCACGUGACUCAGCUAAUAGACUCAGAGUCCUGGUCUUUAAGUAAGGUUCCUUUACAUACCUGCCUUGAGGAACUUGGAUCAUUAGAGCCCACAGAGAUGAUAGAACAUAUUCUUUUAAGCUAUGGAAGGAAAUACAUUGAUGAUGCAGGGGAGGUUUACUUUGAAAUGCGUGAAGAUAAAAUAUGCAGAGCUAUAGCACAAAUGCUUUUGCAAAAUGCAGUUAAAUUCAAUCUAUCAGAGUUUCAAGAAGUCUGGCAACAAAGUGUCCCUGAAGGGAUGACAACAAGGCUUGAUCAGCUUAAGGGCUUGGCUCUUGUGGAUAAAAGCUCAAGACCAGAGACCAUCUUUCUGCUAAAAGUAGACGACUUACCUGAAGACAAUCAGGAAAGAUUCAACAGCUUAUUCAGCAUACGGGAAAAGUGGACAGAAGUUGAUAUUACCCCUUAUAUACAAGACUUAUGUGCAGAGAAGCAGACAGUUGGUGCUCUUCUGACAAAAUACGCUCGCUCCUCAAUGCAGAACGGUGUUAAAGUUUAUAAUUCUAGAAGACCCAUCUCAUAACAAGUAUUGUUUUAAGAACUGAGAAUACUGAAUGGAGUAACAGUGAAUGUUGCUUGUUGCUGCCUUCUGGGGAAAGGAGUUGUCAACCGAUAUUAUACAGUCUUCUUGAGUUUAAGCAGCUAAGCUUCUUGAACGAGUUCUGUUUUCUGCUCAGCUAAGUAGAAUGUGAGGGCACUGGCCUCUUCUAAGAAACUAUAGUGUCAGCAGCCCUCUGCCCACCUCCCUCUGCCCACCUCCCUCUGCCCACCUCCCUCUGCCCACCUCCCUCUGCCCACCUCCCUCUGCCCACCUUCAUUUUCCCUUGUGUCUGUAGUUACGCCAGGAGUCAAGCUACUUCUGGAAUACACUUUAGCUAGCUAUCCAUAAACUGAAGCCUGACAUUAAAAAUUAAGACCUUCUUGAUAAUAAUUGAAAUCAAUUCAAUUGAUUCGACAGCAAAAUGGAAUGCUUAGUCUUUUGCCCACUAGUGAGCAUUCUUAAAGAUUAAGAUUUCAUUGCAGUGUUGACAUUUUGAAUACUGCAGACCUUGACAAGCUCAUGAACAAAUUAUUCCUGACUGAGACUACACUAGUCUUAAUUUUGGAAGGUGGUUCUUUUUGUGGUCAUAUCUGUGAAUAACGUUGGCAGAAGUCUUGACACUUUAACACUUGGCAGAAUUGCCUUUUAAAUAUUACAAAAAAACAAAUUGCAAUCAAGUGUGAAGAUAGGAGAGAAUAGUUGGACAUUGUGUUAUGAACUUCCUGUAAACUGCCAUUAGAAUGUAGCUGAUGUAAAAUUAAUGUUUUACAGAAGACUACCUUUGCUUUUUAAAGAGAGCUUAUAAAACUUUGUAAUACAAUUAUUUUUUUAAAAACUUUGUUAUGGCAAAUAACUGCACAUAGAAAUUGUCUUGAAAACUUAGGGUGGAAUAUUAUUCUGUGAAGAGCAAUGAAACAGGAUUUUUUUAUUAUAUUGUCAUAAAGUGGAGUGCCUGAAACUGAAAUCUUGUAAUCAUUAAAAAGGAUUGUUUGCAA